AUGGCGGCGGAACUGGAAGCGGUGCGGGCGAGCGCGCGAUCGGCGUACGAAGCGCGAAGACGCGAGAACGAGGAUGCGGACUCUACGGCGCGCGACGCGCGACGCGGAGUCAUCGCCGAGCGUUUAGCGGACGCGGUGAAACACGAGCGAGAGAUAGAGACGUUGGAGCGGUUCGGGUCGAACACGCGCGAGACGCGGAUGCAGUUGGCGCGUUUGUCGGAUGCGUUAGAGAAGACGCUGUUAUUUCUAGACGGCGUCGACGCGACUGGGGACGACGGCGUGCGGGCGGCUCGAAAAGACGCGGUACGUCGCGUCGUCGCGUUGGCUGAUCGCGUCGACGCGAUGUUAGCGCUCAUCGAGGGGUGA